AUGUUAACUGCAAAACAUGUCAAAGUUCACAAAAUGUCAGACGAACGAUGGACCAAGAGAGACAAAAUAAAUCAGUAUCGUGGAGUUCUUAAGUUAUAUGAGUAUCGCGGUAUUGUUCAUGACGUUGUAACUGGAAAUAAAACUCAUCUUUUAGCGAUAUUACAACAAUAUGAUAACUUUCAUUUAGCUUUUGGUCAACUCAGUAAAGACGAAAUUCACGAUAGAAUUUAUCAAAACAGUGAAUUAUACCAUCGACAAUUGGACAAAAUACGUUACGAGAAAGAAAAAUUGGCUAAACAAUAUUUCGAUUUACAAGUUGAAAAAUGUGUAUUACUGGAAGAAGAGGGUCAAGAAGUUCAAACAGAUCAUUUGCAUCAACGUUUGUCUGCACAUUUGCAACGCUCAACAGCUAAACAAAAUGGUGCUAAAGCCAUACGUACAACUUAUAUAACGAUGAUUAACAUUUUAAAAAAAGAUACAGUAUAUUUCGAUGCACUUCUUAAUGCUUUGAAAGAUGAUCAAAAGGAUCAAUGUAAGGUGAUAGUAAAAGCAACAGUAAUGGGACAAUUGGGAGCAGAAAAUGUUGAUGAUUUAAAAGAAAAAUAUAAGAUAAUAACUCGAGAUGUUUUAAAACAUAUGAAAGAAAGAGAACGUACUUUAAUUACAGCUCGCGAACGUGUUACCGAUCUAUGGGGAUAUGCAAAAUCUUUAGUUAGAAUCGAAAGCAACGAAGCUCUUAUUAAGAAAAAUGCCAACUUUAAGGGGAAAUCUGAUCAUUUAGAAAGUCAACUUAAACGUUUGGAAGAAAUUUGUGAAAUAUUAAAAGAUACCGUUUUAGUUAGAAGUCAUAACGAAUUAUUUCCAAGACUCGAAGAACAAAUGAAACAGAAGAAACGUUUGAUUAAUCAAUUUAAUUAUAAUAUCAAAGAACGCAAUAAUCUUGUAAUUAAAAAAGAAGAAUCUAUUAUCCUUCUUGAAAAGCUUGAACACACGAUGUUAUCAACAACAGGGCAAUAUAGGAUAGAUAAAAAAGCUUUGUUGGAAGAAAUUGAAGCUCAAAAGAAACGUAUUGGUGAUUACAAAGAAUUAAGAAGAUCUCAUGGUGAAUUAUCAAUGAAGAUAAGAGCGGCAUUACAAAAUAUGUUACUUAUGCUUGUCUGCAUCAAACGUGGUAAAGUUGAAAGAAGACAGUUGAAAAAGACGAAGAGUAUAGAUGAGUUAGAUGAGGAUGAACCUAUCUUAGAUAAAAUUGAACCGGAUGGUUAUUAA